GUAAAUCUCCAAGCCAAAAGCAGCGAAGGGGCAGAGCAGAGCGUCCAUUCUCAAUCUGAAAGCUCAAGCCUGGGAAACUUUUACUUUGGCAGAUUUGGGAACUGUGAAAGACAAGAUUCAAGUGCGACUGGAGAGCAGGCGUGGGGCCGGAGGUGGAGCAGCGGCAGACACACCAAGCAGUCAUUCGACAAGGGCAGACAGCGACGGCUGUCCCGGCUGCGCUCGUGCGCUUCUAUUUGAAGGGCCUCGUCUACUGAGGCGCACCCCGCUGUAAAAUUGUCGAAACGUCAGUCUUGCUACUUUUUCCACUUCGCGUGCGUGCAAGAAUAACAUGGGCAAGCAGAGAAGAAGACUACAGUAGCGUGCGUGCAGCGCUGCAUCUCGAGCGCUUUUCGGACCUGUACCGGGAGCGUGCGUGCUCCAGCCUGCCCCGAAGUGUCAGGCGCACCUUCUGGCACCUCGCCCUCACUCCGUUCCGCAUGACGAGCGCCACAACUGUCCUCUCGUUCAGUAUCUGAUAGCUUGUCCGGGACGCCGCGUUUUUUUUAGUGAACGAUGGAGAUUCAGGUUGGGCUAGGAGGAGCUUGCGACUCCCCCGGUGGCGUCUUUCGUGGCGCUUUCCAAAACGUAUUUCACAGCGUGAGAGCCGCGUUUCACAGCAGUGGCGGUGCUUGCGACAGCUACGACAUCCCGGGCUCCAAGUACACUUUCCUGUCGAACCAGUGCCCCUGGGAGAUGCGUCCUUCCGGCCGACCGGCGCCCAACAGAGGAUCUUACCCGGAAAGUACCUUCGUUCGCCAGUCUCACUUUGCAGAGAGGAUCGCGGCGGACCGGCACGGCGACUUUCCACCGGCUUUUGGGCCGGCGGACCCGGCGGAUGGGGCCGUGCGUGGCACACUUUUCACUGACUGCAGGCUGGAGUCCCAGUCCGGUUCGUCCCGGGCGCCACAAAUCAAAAUUAAAAAUGAUAGGGAGGGCGCCGAUUCGAGCAGCACGUCGAUCUCUGAGACUGGUCGGGAUCUCUGCAAAGCUGUGUCAGUGUCCCUGGGCUUGCAUCCUGACUCAGGCGACAUGAGUGAACUGGCUGGAGGUGACCGCGCUCCAGGAGACUGCAUGUAUCCGACUGCCUUCUAUGCUUAUACAGAUUGCAGGUGUCCCGGCGCACACGAGCAAAGCGACGUCGCGACCAAAGGGAUCCAACGCGAUGACAAGAUGAAGGAGGAGACUGUCCGACUACCUCGCGUCACUUCUGCACAGUGCCCUGGCGGAGAGAGGGACCUGAACCCCGACUUUAAGGUACCUGAGUACGAGGAGUCCCAUGAAUACAUCGUUGAAAUGGACAGAGGUCAUUCAAAGCCGUGCCGAUUUGAGCAGACGGGAGGGUAUGGGCAAAACUACCCUUUACACAGGGAGCAGGGAAGUGCGAUGCCUUGCGGACUAUACAAACCUGGUCAUCUCUCCGAAGAAACUGAUAGGCGCCAAGAUUCCAGAGAGGAGCGCUACCCAUCCCACUUGAGCAUCCGAAUAAAGACGGAACAGUUUAACCACACACCCGGAGAUGCUUGGGGCUCUUCAUGCCGCCGCAGCGAAAUGGCUGAGGGGUUAUAUGAACCACACCGACACCCCCCAGAGCUAGGGCAGAUGAGCCCUUAUUUCAGUACUACACUGGGGUCACAGGAUGAGCCCUGGUUCUUGAGCGGCAUGCUGACCAAGGUGCCCUACCCAGGCGCCUCCUUCGUGAAGAAUGACGACGGCGAGUGGAUAGAGAUGCCAUACGGAGACAUAAGAUUUGAAGGAGGCAGAGACAAUCUUUUCCCAAUGGACUACUUCUUCACUCCACAGAGAUCGUGCCUGAUCUGUGGGGAUGAGGCCUCGGGGUGUCACUAUGGAGCUCUUACAUGCGGCAGCUGCAAGGUGUUCUUCAAAAGGGCCGCUGAAGGUAAACAGAAGUACCUGUGUGCCAGCAGGAAUGACUGCACGAUUGACAAGCUGAGGAGGAAGAACUGUCCGUCAUGCCGCCUUCGGAAGUGUUUUGAUGCUGGCAUGACCUUAGGAGCUCGCAAGUUGAAAAAGAUUGGACAGCUGAAAGCUCCCGAAGAAAUUGUUAGCCAGAAUCAGAAUGAAUCAAUGCUGCCCAUGAACCCACAAGCCAGCAUAGCAAGACUGGAGAUAUUCCAAAACCAGCCUGUAUUCCUGAACAUCUUGGAGGUGAUCGAGCCAGAGGUGGUCAAUUGCGCCCAUGACAACAGUGAGCCCGAUUCAGCCACAAGUCUACUGACCAGCUUAAAUGAACUGGGUGAGCGACAGCUGGUCAAGGUGGUCAAGUGGGCCAAAGCCCUGCCAGGAUUUCGAAAUUUGCAUGUCGAUGAUCAAAUGACAAUUAUUCAAUAUUCAUGGAUGGGCAUCAUGGUGUUUGCCAUGGGAUGGAGGUCAUACAGGAAUGUCAAUGCCAAAAUGUUGUAUUUUUGCUCCGGACCUUGUAUUCAUACGAGUAAGAUGCACACCUCUAACAUGUAUGAUCACUGCAUCAGGAUGCAGCGUUUUGCUCAGGAGUUCAUUUCUCUUCAGGUGACACAGGAGGAGUUUCUGUGCAUGAAAGCCCUUCUUUUGUUCAGCAUCAUUCCAGUAGAAGGCCUGAAAAGUCAAACCUACUUUGAUGAGCUGCGAGUGAACUACAUCCAGGAACUGGACCGCCUCAUCUCAUAUGGGCGGAGGAGCCCUGUGUAUAGUUCUCAGAGGUUCUAUCAGCUCACCCAUCUCCUGGAUUCACUUCAGCCGAUUGUGAGGAGACUCCAUCAGUUUACAUUCAACCUGUUGACCCAAGCCAAGAUGCAGUCCACAAAUGUCAACUUUCCUGAAAUGAUGUCAGAAAUAAUCUCCGUGCAGGUGCCAAAGAUCCUCGCCGGCAUGGCCAAGCCGCUCCUGUUCCACAAACACUGACAUUGUCCUAGAGAUCUGUCACCUAGUGAUGUUGUCCAGCUUCUUGCGGUCUUCACUGUGCCUCUCUACAAGGAUGUGUCUCUCCUGCCCAGCUGCCUCACUUCUCAUUUUGCCUUUUUUGUCUGUACGUUUCACAGAUGAAAGUCAUCUCCUGCUUUUCUCUGGCUCCCACCACCCACAAUCCCUGCUACUUCUGCAGCAAUGUCCAAUUCUUUCUUCAGAGUUGGUUGUUUACACCUUACAGAGAGCACCUUUGUGCUUCAUUCUGUUGUGCGGCCAUAGCACCCUCUCCACCAGCAGACCGGCCUGCUCCUCCGUUUCUCUCUUCUGUUGAUCCCGGCAUUAAGGAUAUGAUUUUGACUCGUUCCCAUUCCCUGUUGCAUCCCUGGGAUGUGCAUUCAUACUGAGUACUUUAACAACAACAGCCAUUAUUUAGGUAGCAUACUUGUACUUAAAGGUAUUUGGCCAGCCCCUGGCACCUGGUGGGGGCCUGCCAAACUCUAAAAGAGUCUACAUGAUGCCAAGCCACUCCACACCUAGAAAAGUGAGCAGCGUGGCGUUGUUGGAGACAGUAGUACCCAAGACCCAAGAGAUGUACACACACUCAACACUGACAGGCCAGGAGCUGCCAUUGUGGGCGGAGGAGUAUAAAGUGGAGUGGCAGGCAUAAAGGCGGGCACCACUGAUACUCAUUAUUGCACCCAGUAAAAAGAUGCUGCAGGAACUGAAGAGGGCACUAUGGUGCUCUGAGGUCCAGUGUUGACUGCACCAUAUUCACAGUCCCUCUACUCUUGGGCAUUUCUUAGUGAAGGAACUUUAGACUUUGGAAGUGUAUAAAGUCAUAUUCUUAGUCCCACCUUUGCAGCCCAGUUUAAAAUAGUGCCAAUGGCUGACUGAAAUGUGGGAGAUCAGAGGACUCCAGGAAGGAGUGGGAAGGUGGGUUCAUUUGACUCCAGCAGAGGGCGCCACGCCGCACGCUGGAUAAACUGAAAGCUGAGACUGGGGUGAGGGGGCUAAGUCACCGGCAGCGGCGGACACAACAGCUUUUGUCAUUGUGUUUAAAAGGAGCGUCACCAUGGUUACAGGUGUCCGUCUCUGAUGUCGUUCUGUUGUGCCGACACUCUGGAGCUGCCAGGAAGUGCGAUUUUCUGGAGAAUAUCUAUGCAUGCCCUGUACAUACGAUACCCUCUUUAUUAUUAAUAACGAGCAAUCAGAACUGGAAUGAAAGCCUCUACUUAAGGACGGGUAUGCAGUCUUUGAGUUUGACAAGAUGUGCACUAAUAGAAGGAGUUUAAGAACUGCAUUUGGGAGUUGGGAAAUAUCCCAGGCCUUACCACGCUCUGUUCCAAGCGGACGCAUUUUUAUCAGCAUGUGGAAUGUGUCCUGCAUAGUUUGGGCUCUUAGAUUCAAAGCCAUGGAGGGGUCCAGUCCGUCAGCUUUCGUUUUGUUUUCUUGAGUCAGCCAAAGAUAACAGGCUCAUCCUCUCUCGUGCCUCACACGGGCGCAGGUGGCUGCUUCGCUUUCCCUCUUUCAUGUUUUUUUUCCCCAAAAAGUUUGUUCCUCUUUGCUGACUCACUCUGCACUUCCUAACUACAGCUCUUCAGACUUUCGCUUCUUGGUGCAAAAUGAUGCAUUUUUUUAAUUUAAAUAUUUUUUAUAUUGCAAAUAAAACAUUCAACUUGUUGUUUCAUGUUAAAACAUUGUGUAUUUGGAAAAGUUUGGUUAAAACAAGGACAAGAAAAAAAACAAAACAAAACAAAAGGCUGUGUAUCAGAACCUGCGCUUGGCUUCUGUUCUUCAGCUUUCUUAUUGAGCUCAACAUUCAGAAACAUGACAGUGGACCCUCACAGCGCUGUGGACCGAUCUGGGCAUUCGGGUCAAACCCAUCGCACUCCUUUGGGCACAGUGGCACUCGGCUUUUGACACCCUGACCCCUCACAAUGUGUCUACACCAUUUAGAGAACACCCAAGAAAAGACAGAUGAAUAAGAGGCACUUUAUAAUAAUAGAGUGAAAGGGGCUAUAUAAUAAUUAAUAGAAUGAAACGGAGUGAAUGGCACCACAUAACGAAUGAUAGAUAGAUAGAUAGAUAGAUAGAUAGAUAGAUAGAUAGAUAGAUAGAUAGAUAGAUAGAUAGAUAGAUAGAUAGAAAGGUGCUAUACAAAAAUUGAUAGAUACAAGGAACAAAUGGCACUACAUAAUGAUAGAUAGAGAUAUAUAAUUACAUACAGUAUAUAUUAGAUUUACUGACACCUGACGAAAAAUUAAAUCAUCCACCAGUCGCACGCUCGUAGUGGCCAUUUCGAUCGACGUUCACCUUUUGCUGGGUUGUUUAUACCUCUGAAUGCCAACUACAUAUGCUCGUACUCACCAGCUGGCUACCCACCAACCUCUUGGUCAGUUUAACCCUUGUGAUGACAGGUCGAGCACAAAAAGACGUGCAUUUAAUGAACACCUUGAUGUACAGUGGCCUACUUUGGGACAGUUUUAAUUUGGGCCCACCGGAUGAAGGGACACGCUCCUGCUGACCUCCUAGCAGACCGUUUAACAUUCCUUACAUAAGCUCAUACUGACCACCCACUAUAACGGUUUUACUUUUCCGGUGACAGCCCCUGCCCACAGGCGUAGUGACCACUUGAGUACACAUUGACACCCCCUCAGAACACGAGUAUACGUGACUGUAGUGACCGUUUGUCUGUUCCCGUGGCCACUAGAGGUCAGUUUAACUGACAGCAGUCUGAACUCUUGUUAGUUUCGGCAUAUUUGCUCAAGUUCAAGCUGACCUUCUUGGUGACAGUCUGAGCCCACAAAGUGAAGGGACAAGGACACCCACAAAUGGCACUUGAACCUUCGUUAUGACCUUCCCAACUAUCACACCACAAGUACAUUUGCAGUAGUAACCAGUGAGGUACGAGUGAAGGUCCAUAUUUGGGGGCUUCCCUAGUUACAUACUGACUCUUCUUGACCACCGUAUGUUUUCAUGGAAUGCAGGCUCCUGUUACCUGCUGGCCACAUGAUGACCUCGUCAUGCACUUAAAGACUGAGCCCUGUGACCCAUGGUAUACUCCCCCAUGACAGUUAAAAGACAAGGGUACACCCUCCCAAGUGAGACUUUGACCCCUUAGAAUGCGAGGGAACUCCAAACCUGCCCCCUUUUGAAUGUUGGUGUGGCACAUGCUGUUGGGAACAUCUGUGCCAGUUCAGGAGUUGGGCACAGGCUCAGGGCAGCCGCACCUCUUGUCUCCCCAGUCCUUGUCCUGCAGCCUUUAAGUGUCACAUCAGAUCCUCUCCUGAAAACACUUUAAACCUUUAGGGUCACACUGUUGCCUUGGCACGUGGGUGGAACAUCCUGGUGACACUGAGCCCCAAGACGUGUGUAUGCCGCCUUGACUGGCCCCAUCUGCCUUUGGGACUUGUGUUUACCCCUCUGCCCCCUUGUCAAGCUCAGUCUAUGUGCCCAAGACAUGUCCCUACACAUGGCAUCAAGCUGGGUUGUGCCUGGUGCCGAUAAAAUCAAUGGGAGCCCGUGAUGCUGGUCCGCAGCGCUGUCUGGAAAGCAGGCAUGUUCUCGCCCGACGCCGCACAGCAUGCUGCUGCUUUGUACAAUCUCUGUACCCGGUUUCACACGGUGUCUGCUAAUUUGUUUUUUAUAUGAGACUUUGUUAUACGUUGUAAAGCGCUGUAUCAGUCUGAAAAACUCGUUCUUUUGAAACUGGUCAUUUUCACAAUGAGGAUUCUUCUUUGUUUUUGUAAUAUACUGCUUUAAGACAGCAAAAGGAUGGAUGCAGGGUGUGCAGGCCUGGAGACGCUUUGGGGGGUUAGAGGGUAUGCGGGGAGGCACAUUUCUCACUUGAGACAUUCAGUGGCCACAUAUCUUGCUUGGCACCUUCUGGGGUCGUGGAGCAUUGCCCUCAUUUCAGAUAAUUGCUGACCACAUGAGUUGGCACCUUCUCUCUAGUUAUUUCUUUGACUUCGGGGGGCAUCUUGUCCCUUAAGAAAGUAGCAUAUUUCACAAUGCCUGUCACUUUGCCCUUUUUCUUGGUGCAGAGUGUUGAUGGCCUUCUGGGAUGGAGUGAGGGACGCCUACCUCCCUUAUUUGCGCAUGUACCUGACUGUGUCUGCCUUGGCGCUUUGACCCUUUAGAGAUGGCUCUCGGGAAUCACUUCUCUGUCUGUAGUCACAUGACUGUCCUGAGAUGGAGGUGCCUGUCUUAAUUGAGUUAGAGUGCUAACCUCAUAACUUGUCUGGAACCUCCUCUUGGGGUGCCAUUCAUGUGUCUGGAGGUAGAGGGCCUGUCACAUUGACCCUGUGGACAGAGAGGGGGCACGUCUCACAGCCAUAGGGCUUACCUGGCAGCUUGUCAUGUCAUCAGGGGUUCUCUUGCUUGAGAUGACAUGUCCUGCCCAGCACUGUGACCCGGUACACCUCCCUUGGUUGAGAUGGUCCAUGAUGUCCACAUAACCUGCUUAUAGUGCUUCACCCUCUAACCUUGGGGGGCACUUCCCUUACUUCAUAAAGCUGUUGGUCCCAGGUCUUACUUGGUGCCUUGACCUUUGGCAGUAAGGGGCACCACCCUUCCUUGAGCAGGUGGCUGACCACAUGUCUUGCUCGGCACCUUGUCCCUGCAGAGGCGUUUCUCUUGCUCAUCUCUGCCUGACACUCUUGUCUCUUUCUGCAUGGCAGUGUCCAGGGGAGGUGGCAGUGAUGUGCGUGAAGGCCCGGUGAAAGAUGCAGUUUUCUGAUGGGAAGCACAAGAAGAUGGCCAGGCAUCUGCAUAAAGGAUGUGGCCUGAGCUGAUAAAGCCAUGGCGAGAUGAAGAAGACAAUACCACAUCUGUCUGUGGCUUCUCUAACUGCCUUUGGGUUGUUUCUUGUGACACAAGAGAGCUGAGUAAGUGGGACCUCCUGGGUGAGCUUGCCAUCUUUGUUUGAGUGGCACACAUUUCUGUUGUUCGUGUUAUAAAGCAAAAUCAGAAACAAAAGGGUGAGCUGCCAGGCUGUCUAACAUGACAUCCACACCACAUGAGUUUUUAAUAAGAUGGACACCCUGACCUUUAUGACAAAUCUUCAGAUGGAUACUUGCACACGAGUCAAGGCCCAUGUUGCCUGGUGCUUAAUGAGGCAAAACAUGGAAGAUGGCAACCACAACUGUGCCCAAGGCCACGGAAACAUAAUAGCAAUAAAGAGCCACCUGGAUGGCUUUUCCUGGACUGAGAUGCCAUCUUAAUUUCAUCAAGUGUCCUUGAAAAACUAAGCUGGCUGUCAGAAGCAACAUGGCCCUUGAUGUAAGGAGGGCUGAGCCGACAGGAGCCGAGAGCCAACCGGCCUCUUUGAGCAGGUCCGCCUGACUAUUUGAUAUAGCGCCAGUCAGAGCAAGCACUAUCGGGCACAAAAUAGGAAUAAGGGUGUGAGACAAUGAAAUUUAACAGGACGUGAGUGGCAACUCCAGUAGCCACACUUGGCGUUAGUCUUGGAAUAGGCUGGAGGGACACAAUUUGAGGCAAAGUGAAAGGAUUUUGUUUCCCCGGUGGGCUUUCUAAAUUCUGAGGCUUUACAGUGCCCACAUGACUUCAUUUUAUGCACCUUUAAACUCACUGAUAUUCUUUAAUUUUCCUUCAAAUCACAAAGGCUUGACCACACACAAUGAAUACAUCUGCCGAGCGUCAGCAGUAAAUCAACAUAAUAAAUGACGAGCAAUAACAACGAAGAAAUGAAGUGAGACAGCCAGCAGGCAACGAAGGGGCAAAUGCCGCUGGCGCUCCCCCCUAGGAGCGCCACCCACCCAGUGAACGUGUCCACUUCCCCACCUUCCACCGGCCGACACAGAGAGCGCAAACAAUCCAUUUCUACCUUACUAAUCCAGAGAUGCAACUUGGCUUGUACCAUAAAAUUUGCGAUUUUCUUAUUAUCAGAAUGACAGGGGAGCUUUACUGUGACGGGGGUCAUUUUAAAUCACUGCCUUCUGCGUUGCUAGGAAACAUCAUUUCAAAAUGUUGCUUUGUAACGGCGGCAUAGCCAAAAUAAAUGGUUUGGGGAAAAAAAAAUCUUAAACGGCGAGCGGAGCGUCCUGUCCAGCCUUUUCAGGAAAAUGGAGAGCGGGUGGCUCUCCGCAGCUUAAAGGGGCUUGGUGUGGACAGAGAAUGGGGGGGGGGGGGGGUUAUAGACUCAUGUGGCACCUACAGGACGCCACACCCUGCCACAAGAACAUUCACGGUCUCGAAAGGUUGGUCCACCUUGUAGACGUCUAAGCCACGCUUGGAUCUGAACCGAUCCUUGCUUAGUCUCCGGCGACUCACUGGCUUAGCCCCCCAAAUGCAGACGCUUCUGCCGGCCACUCCAGAUCUGUCCACCCCUUGCUAAGUUGUGGGGUCGCUUUUGGGGGGGUUGUGCCCUGCGGUGGGGUUGCUUGGGGUAGCACCUGGCUGUUUGCACUCUUUCUUUCUCUCACUCACUCUUUCUCAUUUUUCUGUCUCUUGUUGGCUGCUCACUUGUGUCACUGUAUUUUUACAACAACUCUGUUGGCUUGAAAAUUCCAUUUCUACAAUCAAAGGUAAAGAAAUCGGAGGGAUGGUUUGAUUUGAAUGUAUAAGUCUGUUGCAGGGGUGUUUUUUUAUUUUCUCAAAUUAAAGAGUGUGAUUUUAA